AUGGCAGAAAAUAAGCCAGCAGCAGUAGAAAACGCCUACGCUUCAUCACAUGUGAAUCCUUACGGUCGAGUCGAUGAAGAGGUGGCGAUGGUGGCGGAAAAGGAUGGCCGCCGCAAGAAACGGAUGAAAUGUUUCAUGUACGUCGCAGCCUUCGUCGUGUUUCAGGCAGGAAUCAUUCUAAUCUUCGCACUGACUGUAAUGAAAGUGAAAACUCCCAAAUUCCGAGUCCAAUCUGCUUCUUUCGGCACUUUUGAUGUAACAACAUUAAACACGAAUCCCUCCUUCGACAUUAAUAUGAUCGCUGAACUUGGCGUCAAGAACACUAAUUUUGGUCGCUACAAGUAUCAGAAUAGCACGAUUGAAUUCUAUUACGAGAACAUAAAAGUUGGAGAGGCGAGUAUUCCUAAUGCAAGAGCGAAAGCUCGGUCGACGAGGAAAUUUAAUGUGACGGUGAAUUUGUCGUCUGCAGAAGUUCCAAGAGAGGUUCUUGAACGACAAUUUGCAGCUAGUACAGUUAUUUCAUUGAGCAGCCAGUCCAUAUUGAGAGGAAAAGUGGAGAUUAUGAAGAUUAUGAAGAAAAACAAAUCUACUAAUAUGAAUUGCACCAUGGAAAUCAAUACUUCUUCAAGGCAGCUUGGGAAUUUGUCUUGCAGAUGA